UGUCUGGGAGAGAGAGCACUUCGUGCAAUUUAGAAACUCGAUAGGAGGCAGCAGCUGAUCUCAGACCACCCUAAAAAUAAUUCGCGGCAGGGCUCUACGUGCUUCAUUCGCGAAGGCAAACUCUACCACCCGAGUUAAUACUCCAGUAGUAAGAGGGCAACACCGGCUCUUAAAAAUUCUUUUAAGACUAAAGGAAAAGCAACAGGAGAAAAUGAGCCUUUCUUUUUGUGGUAACAACAUUUCUUCUUAUGACAUCAAGGAGGGCGUAUUACAAAAUGUCUGUUUUGUGGAUGCCCUUAACCUGGUCCCUCAUGUCUUCCUGUUAUUUAUUACUUUUCCAAUAUUGUUCAUUGGGUGGGGAAGUCAAAGUUCGAAAGUACAGAUUCAUCACAACACAUGGCUUCAUUUCCCUGGACAUAACCUGAGAUGGAUUCUUACAUUUGUUCUCCUAUUUGUACAUGUUUGUGAAAUAGCUGAGGGUAUUGUUUCUGAUACACAUAUGGAAUCUCGUCACCUUCAUCUCUUCAUGCCUGCUGUCAUGGGAUUUGUGGCCACUACUACAUCGAUAGUUUAUUAUCACAAUAUUGAAACAUCAAACUUUCCUAAGUUGCUUUUAGCCCUCUUUGUUUAUUGGGUCAUGGCUUUUAUCACAAAAACAAUAAAAUUAGUUAAGUACUGUCAGCUCGGUUUGGGAGUAUCUGAACUUCGCUUCUGCAUCACGGGAAUGAUGGUCAUCCUGAAUGGAUUAUUGAUGGCUGUGGAGAUCAAUGUCAUUCGAGUUAGGAGAUAUGUAUUUUUUAUGAAGCCUCAAAAAGUAAAGCCUCCUGAAGACCUUCAAGAUCUGGGUGUGAGAUUUCUUCAACCAUUUGUGAAUUUGCUUUCAAAGGCCACAUACUGGUGGAUGAACACACUUAUUAUAUCAGCUCACAAAAAACCUAUUGAUUUGAAAGCAAUUGGAAAACUCCCUAUAGCAAUGAGGGCAAUGACAAAUUAUGUUUGCCUGAAGGAUGCAUAUGAAGAGCAGAAGAAAAAAGCAGCAGACCAUCCCAAGAGAACUCCUUCUAUUUGGUUAGCAAUGUACAAGGCCUUCGGGCGACCAAUCCUGCUGAGCAGCACAUUCCGCUAUCUAGCUGACCUUUUGGGCUUUGCUGGACCUCUCUGUAUUUCUGGAAUAGUUCAGAGUGUAAAUGACACUGUGGGAACAAUAAAUACAACAAACACACUUUCAGGUUCACUUACCUCAAAGCAAUUCCUUGAAAAUGCUUAUGUGUUAGCUGUUCUUCUAUUCCUGGCCCUGAUUCUACAAAGAACAUUUUUACAGGCCUCCUACUACGUCACCAUAGAAACUGGUAUUAAUCUUCGUGGAGCUUUGCUGGCUAUGAUAUACAAUAAGAUCCUGAGGCUUUCUACAUCCAAUUUGUCUAUGGGUGAGAUGACUCUGGGACAAAUCAAUAACUUGGUCGCCAUAGAAACUAAUCAGCUCAUGUGGUUCUUGUUCCUGUGUCCUAAUCUAUGGGCCAUGCCUGUUCAGAUCAUAAUGGGAGUGAUUCUGCUCUAUAACUUACUUGGAUUAAGUGCGCUUGUCGGUGCAGCUGUCAUAGUGUUACUCGCGCCAAUUCAGUACUUCAUAGCUACAAAGUUGGCUGAGGCUCAGAAGAGCACUCUGGAUUAUUCUACUGAAAGGCUGAAGAAAACAAAUGAGAUACUAAAAGGCAUCAAGCUUUUAAAGUUGUAUGCCUGGGAGCACAUAUUUUGCAAAAGUGUAGAGGAAACAAGAAUGAAGGAGCUGACCAGUCUCAAAACCUUUGCACUUUAUACAUCACUUUCCAUUUUUAUGAAUGCAGCGAUCCCCAUAGCAGCUGUUCUUGCAACCUUUGUGACGCAUGCUUAUACAAGUAAGAAACUGUUAAAACCAGCAGAGGCCUUUGCAUCCUUGUCACUUUUUCACAUCCUGGUCACUCCUCUCUUCCUGCUCUCCACAGUGGUCAGAUUUGCAGUCAAAGCCAUUAUCAGCGUUCAGAAGUUGAACGAGUUUCUUUUAAGUGAUGAGAUUGGUGAUGACAGCUGGAGGAGCGGUGAAGGUUCUGUAACUUUUGAGUCUUGUAAGAAACACACAGGAGUACAAACCAAAACUAUAAACAGGAAGCAGCCUGGAAGAUAUAACCUGGACAGCUAUGAACAAUCAAUUAGACGAAUUCAUCCCCCAGAGACUGAAGAUAUUGCAAUUAAGGUGACAAACGGGUAUUUUUCAUGGGGGAGUGGUUUAGCCACGUUAUCCAACAUAGAUAUUAGAAUCCCAACAGGUCAGUUGACAAUGAUUGUGGGUCAAGUAGGCUGUGGAAAAUCUUCACUUCUUCUUGCAAUACUUGGUGAAAUGCAGACACUAGAAGGAAAAGUUCACUGGAGCAAUGUAAAUGAAUCAGAACCUUCUAUUGAAGCAAUCAGAAGUAGGAACAGGUACUCUGUGGCCUAUGCAGCUCAGAAGCCCUGGCUAUUGAAUGCUACAGUAGAAGAAAAUAUUACCUUUGGGAGUCCUUUCAAUAAGCAGAGGUACAAAGCUGUCACUGAUGCCUGUUCUCUUCAGCCAGAUAUUGAUUUGUUGCCAUUUGGAGACCAAACUGAAAUUGGAGAAAGGGGGAUUAACUUAAGUGGAGGCCAACGACAAAGAAUCUGUGUAGCCCGAGCUCUCUAUCAAAACACUAACAUUGUCUUCUUGGAUGACCCAUUCUCUGCACUGGAUAUUCAUUUGAGUGAUCAUUUGAUGCAGGAAGGGAUUUUGAAAUUUCUCCAAGAGGACAAGAGGACCCUUGUUCUUGUGACCCACAAAUUACAGUACCUGACACAUGCUGAUUGGAUCAUAGCUAUGAAGGAUGGUAAUGUACUAAGGGAAGGAACUUUGAAGGAUAUUCAAAACAAAGAUGUUGAGCUUUAUGAACACUGGAAAACACUUAUGAAUCGCCAAGACCAAGAAUUAGAAAAGGAUAUGGAGGCUGACCAAACAACCUUGGAAAGAAAAACUCUCAGAAGAGCUAUGUACUCAAGAGAAGCCAAAGCACAAAUGGAAGAUGAAGAUGAAGAGGAAGAAGAGGAGGAAGAUGAAGAUGAUAACAUGUCCACAGUACUGAGGCUCAGGACUAAAAUGCCAUGGAAGACUUGCUGGAGAUACCUCACUUCUGGAGGAUUCUUCUUCCUUUUUUUGAUGAUUUUUUCCAAGCUCCUGAAGCAUUCGGUUAUUGUAGCUAUAGACUACUGGCUAGCUACAUGGACAUCUGACCUUAAUGGAAAGGAUAGUAUAAAUGAUUAUCAGUCUUAUUAUGUGGCUGGAUUUACUAUCCUUUGUGGAACAGGUAUUUUCCUUUGCCUUGUUACAUCUCUCACUGUAGAAUGGAUGGGCCUCACAGCUGCCAAAAAUCUUCACCACAACCUCCUCAAUAAGAUCAUUCUUGGACCAAUCAGGUUCUUUGAUACAACACCCUUGGGGCUAAUCCUAAAUCGUUUUUCAGCUGACACAAAUAUCAUUGACCAGCACAUCCCUCCUACUCUGGAGUCUUUAACCCGCUCAACUUUACUCUGCCUAUCUGCCAUUGGGAUGAUCUCAUAUGCGACCCCUGUAUUCCUGGUUGCUCUUGUACCUCUUGGAAUUGCCUUUUACUUCAUUCAGAAAUACUUCCGAGUGGCCUCUAAGGAUCUCCAGGAGCUUGAUGACAGCACUCAGCUGCCUCUGCUUUGCCACUUUUCAGAAACUGCUGAGGGCCUCACCACCAUUCGAGCUUUUCGGCAUGAAGCCAGAUUUAAGCAACGCAUGCUAGAACUGACAGACACAAACAACAUAGCCUAUUUAUUUCUCUCAGCUGCCAACAGAUGGCUGGAGGUCAGGACGGAUUAUCUGGGAGCAUGCAUUGUUCUCACUGCAGCUGUUGCAUCUAUUGCAUCGAUUACUGAAACUUCUUAUUCUGGUCUGGUAGGGCUGGGCCUCCUGUAUGCACUUACGAUAACCAACUAUUUGAAUUGGGUUGUGAGAAACUUGGCUGAUUUGGAGGUACAAAUGGGAGCUGUAAAAAAAGUGAACAGUUUCUUGACAAUGGAGUCUGAAAACUAUGAAGGAGCAAUGGAUCCAUCUCAAGUUCCAGAGCACUGGCCACAGGAAGGAGAGAUCAAAAUUCAUGAUCUGUGUGUCAGAUACGAAAAUAAUCUCAAACCAGUCCUUAAACAUGUCAAGGCUUACAUCAAACCAGGGCAAAAGGUUGGCAUAUGUGGUCGGACUGGCAGUGGAAAGUCAUCAUUAUCCCUGGCUUUCUUCAGAAUGGUGGAUAUCUUUGAUGGAAAGAUUGUCAUUGAUGGGAUAGACAUUUCUAAGCUCCCACUGCACACUCUACGUUCAAGACUUUCUAUCAUUCUACAAGAUCCAAUACUCUUCAGUGGUUCUAUUCGAUUUAAUUUAGAUCCUGAAUGUAAAUGUACUGAUGAUAGACUUUGGGAAGCUCUAGAAAUUGCUCAACUUAAGAAUAUGGUCAAGUCACUUCCAGGAGGUCUGGAUGCGGUUGUCACUGAAGGUGGAGAAAAUUUUAGUGUGGGACAAAGACAGCUUUUUUGCCUUGCCAGAGCCUUUGUGCGUAAGAGCAGCAUUCUCAUCAUGGAUGAAGCCACAGCUUCUAUUGAUAUGGCUACAGAAAAUAUUUUGCAAAAAGUGGUAAUGACUGCCUUUGCAGAUCGCACAGUUGUAACAAUUGCUCAUCAGGUGUCUUCUAUUAUGGAUGCAGGCCUUGUUUUAGUCUUUUCUGAGGGUAUUUUAGUGGAAUGUGAUUCUGUUCCAAACUUGCUUGCUCACAAGAAUGGCCUCUUUUCCACUUUGGUGAUGACCAACAAAUAGACCAUCAGAAUCUACUCAGCCUACAAAGCAUCUCGUUCUCUGCAUCGGGUUCACACUAUCCUGACAGCAGACCUGGUCAUCGUGAUGAGGCGAGGGAAUAUUUUAGAAUAUGACACCCCAGAAAGCCUCUUGGCUCAGGAAGAUGGCGUAUUUGCUUCUUUUGUUCGGGCAGACAUGUGAAAGGGUGCCUGAAUGUGAUUUACAUCGUUAAAGCAAAAUGUAACAACUGUUGUCUAUUUAAUGGAGCAUCUUUUCUAGUCUUUGGGAAAAAAGUGUCGUUUUAACUUUUCUCAAUUUGUAGCUUAGGAAGAGUACUUCCCAUAUGAAUGACAUUUUAGAAAUAAAAAAAUAUCUCUUCACCAAAGAAUAUACACAUGUUCCCAGCGCUAGCUUUCCUAAUGUUUUUGUUUCUACCAGGUAUUAAUUACUUCUUAUUGUUUCACUGUCAAUACAGUAAUGAUCAGAAGGCCUUAACUCUGAGAAUGGCAGAUUAUAUUGGAAUGGUUAGCCUACCUGUGAGGGUAGGGUUACAAAGUCAUGCUUUGAUCUAACUUCAAGUUUUGUAGUUAUUGGCAGUGGAUGCUCAGCAACAUAACCAUUUUAUUUGUAUUAAUAUAUUUUCAUAAACACUGAUCACAAAGCAGUCAUAUGUUGUAUUGAUGUCUUCAGAAGAUUAAGGGAGAAAAAAAGAAUUUACUCUCUAUAUGUUGUACUUUUACUACAAUCCUUAGUCUAUAUGAAUAGUUCUAGUCUUAGGUUUCUAUCUCUUGUUUUGUCCUGUUAGAAAUAAGUUAUCAAGCCUCCAAUAAAUAUCAAAUCACACUCUAAUUUAGCAGUUCUUAUUCAAACUACUGAAGGAUUUGAAAAACAAUACUCAAUCUUUCAUCCAUUACAGUUAGCAAGAAGAGAGUUUAAUAGACCAAGAAUACUUCCUUCUCCAAGACUGUAAGCUUCUUGAGGUUAAGCAUCCUCUCUUAAUCAUCUUAAUAUCCCCCAUAACACCUAGAAUAGUUCUUUACACUUAGUAAAUGUUUAAUAAGUGUUGGACAACUGAAUUUUACCUUACGGAAUUAGAAGUCACAGAUUCAAAUGUUAACUAGGAUAAAAAGAAAUCCUUAUUCAUUCAGUGAUUAACCAGUUACAUACUUUAUAUGUUAUACCCUGUCACCUGUGAGCCCCAGAGCAGUACCUUAGAUUUGAAACAUUUUGUGGGUACCCACUUAAAGGCAUAGCUCAUGACUCUCCAUCAUUGUGUUUAUUUUUCCAGAUAGGCAGACACCACAUUAGCUCAAAACAAAAGAUAUUUAAUCAAACAAAAUGAGACAAGAAAAAGUUCUCUUAAGUACACAUAGGGUAUGUUCUUCUACAGGUGUGCCACACCUGCAAAGAACAGGUGUUGGGGUGGCACACAUAUGUACAUAGCUAGGACUCUUGCAUGGAGGUGCAUAUUAAUAAGGAUCCAGAUGUCAGAGACACAUGCAUAGCUGGGACAACUGACACUUCCAACACUGAAGAGUACAGAUGUCAUCUAGUAAUGUUAUUACUCGGCUUUCUGCUAGGUAUCACGUCUCUGGGCUGGGUGUCACAUCUUCACUUUCAAGUUGUCUCUGAUGUGUCCUGUAGCCUCUUGUUCACCAAGUUAUUAUCUUCUACCAUAUUCUGGGUUUCAGCAACCUAGCCUCUUCAGAGCUAGCUGUUGUUCUCUACUAUCAUUUUCUGAAAUGCAGCGGCUAGAAGGCCUCUCCCUGACAGAGUGAGCCAUAUUUCUAUUCAUGCACAGUCUAUGGCAGACUAUGAGCCAAAACAGACAAAUGAGGCAGCAGCCAACAAAAGCUAACAGAAUACUUCAAGCUGAUAUGGUCUGUUAUUUUUAUUAUUUACUUCUGAGAUUGAUUCAGUCUUUGAUAUCAAACAACUGUCUGACUUGGGGAUAACAAAUUACUCAUAACUCCUGUUACCUCCCUAACUAUGAGCAUGUGUCCCUAAAAUCUGUUUCAGGGAUUGUGCUAGAAAAAACAAACCAACCAAAAACAGGUACUGUUUAGUACUAUGUACUGAAAUGAGCUUCAUUCCGAUUUUGGCAUGCAAAUGAAAUUAGGGUAGGAACAAAAGCUAAGCGAAAAAGCUAAUGCCAUCACUCUCUUAUCCCUAGUCCACAUCCUUGCCCUUAUUGUGUAUAUCUGCCAGGAACAAAACCUCAUUGGUCCUCUUUUGUUUACUUCUUCUCAGCAAAAAAGGUGCUCUAAAUAUAUAAAUUACAUCAUAGUCUUCCAUUUAGGACUCAGAACAUUGAAAUUUUCAAAAUUCAAAAAUACUUGUUAAACAUAUUUGCCAUAGUAAUUUGUGUUCAGUCUAAGUGGAAUUUGUUUGUUCUGGGUAGAAAUAUCUAAUGAUGCUGACAGAACUUUGUCUUUGGCUCAUCUUGUCCAAAUCUCAUUUUAAUGAGUAUGUAAAAAGUGUAUAAAAACUUGCAUAAUGUUUUUCUGUUGUUGAAACCUAAAAGCAUAAAAUGAAAUAUAAUAAAACCCGAUUUAAAUAGGCUUUCUGUCAGUCAAAAGUUUUCUUGCAUAAUUUUGUACACAUCUAAUACAGAGAUAAUUGGUUCUCAUAUUGAUGAUUCUUAAGCACUUGUCUGACUUUUCAUGACCCCAUUUGGAGUUUUCUUCGGGUUGGCAAAGAUACUGGAGUGGUCGGCUGUUUUCUUCUCCAGCUUAUUUUACAGAUGAGGAACUGAGGCAAACAGGGUUAAGUGACUUUCCUUUUUCGCAUUCCUAAAGGCUGAAUAGAAUCAAAUUAACCACCUAUAAUCCAGUUUUGCAAAUAGUUCCCCAAAAAUCUACUAGCCCCAUAAAAGUUUCACUGAACCAACCAGAGCUGAUUUGUUUCACUUCUUGGCUGCCUGGCGAUGUCUCUUUGUCCCAGGGUGUACCUUCUAAGAAUGGCAUACAUUUAUUCAACAACUGUUUAUUUUAUGUACUGUGUGAAGAGCGCUGUUAGGGGCAGUAGGGAGAUAUAAUGGCUAUUAUAUAAGGUGCGAUCCCUAUGAUCAUGGAAUUUUCAGUCUAGAAACCUGUAUUACUGUUUGUGAGAUAAUCUGUAUUUGUAUACACACUCUAAUUCCCUCUGAAAAUAUAAGAUACCAUACCACAAAGUGCUAAUACAACCAUCACAAAAUCAGUUUGAAGUUAAAUUAACUUGAGCAUUUUCUUUACCGGUUAACCACUAUAAUGGUUGUCAGCAUCACCCAUAAUUGUUAAUCAUUGAAGUUGAAUGGUUACCCACAUAUUUACAAAGAUACCACGAGUGGAUAAAAUAGAUUUUUACUUUAUUUAGUUGGAUUAGUAAAUUAUUUUGUUAUAUUAUCUCUUAAAUAAACAACUGAGUUCUUAAAGAAAAAGAAUAAAACUUUUCCCUAAAUAAAAAUACAUCUAUAUACAUAUAUAUUUAAAUGAAAAAAAUCAUCCACAUCUAUAAUUUUUUAUGUUUGUAAAAAGCAAAAAACCCAAGUUCAUGUAUCUAUGUUAAAUAUCAUUGGUUUACUGUAACAAAAAGAAAUUCUCAAAAGAAGUAUGUUUUCUCUAGAUUUCCAAAAGUCAAAUUAUUCCUCCAGUUCAACAACCAUUUGCCAAUCACUUACUAAAAUGAUGAAGGGGUUAGAAUUCUGGUUGGGUAUCAUUUGAAUCUCUGAAUCUCUGGUUGUAAUAGGAAAGCAGCAUGGCAUUAUGGGAAGAUAACAGAUUGUGUGAGGAAAUUAGAUUCCACCACUACCUGUGUGACUACGGGUAACCCAUUUUGAGUUCUCAGAUGCAAUUUCUUCACCUGUGAUGUAAUAAAGUUAUUUCUUUUCAAAA